UUUAGGGAAAGUCGAGGGACCCACUAAAUUGAAGGAGCAGGAGGGUUUAGGCUUGAAUUGAAGGGUUUAAAGACAGACUGGAAGGUUUAAUAAAUAAAUCCGGUGUUGUGAGGAGAAGCGAGUAAUAAGGGCCAUUACAAAUUACAAUUACAAUUUAAAUCUCCGGCCAAUCGUCCCUUCCUUACUUUCGAUUAAUGGCGGCAAGGAAACUGUUGAGAGAUUUUUGGUAUCAAAGAGUUAUUUCAUCUCCUCUUGGACGCACCGGCCAUUCUUUUUCUACUGCUUCUGCUGCUGCUGCUCCUGGCCUGCCUAAAAUCCCUCAUUCUUCCAAAAAAGGGAGAUUAUUGACUGGAGCCACUAUAGGUCUAGUCAUAGCUGGAGGAGCUUAUGUGAGUACUGUGGAUGAAGCAACUUUCUGUGGCUGGCUAUUUCAAGCAACAAAACUUGUCAAUCCAUUCUUUGCUCUUCUGGAUGCCGAGUUUGCUCACAAUUUAGCUGUCUCAGCUGCUGCUCGUGGUUGGGUUCCUCGGGAGAAGAGACCUGAUCCAUCAAUUUUGGGGCUUAAAGUCUGGGGAAGAAAGUUCUCAAACCCUGUUGGCCUUGCUGCUGGUUUUGAUAAAAACGCUGAGGCCAUUGAAGGGUUACUUGGGUUGGGUUUUGGUUUUGUGGAGGUUGGUUCUGUAACCCCUGUUCCACAGGAGGGUAAUCCAAAGCCACGUAUCUUCAGAUUGCGUCAGGAGGGUGCUGUUAUCAAUAGAUGUGGUUUUAAUAGUGAAGGCAUUGUUGUUGUUGCAAAGCGUUUGGGUGCCCAGCAUGGUAAGAGGAAGUUGGAUGAAACUUCAGGCACUUCAUCUUCCUCAACCGAUGAUGUCAAAUAUGGAGGAAAAGCUGGUCCUGGUAUUCUUGGAGUCAAUCUUGGAAAGAAUAAGACAAGUGAAGAUGCUGCUUCAGAUUUUGUACAAGGGGUUCAUUCAUUAUCCCAGUAUGCAGAUUACUUGGUUAUCAAUGUUUCAUCACCCAAUACUCCAGGAUUGCGUAUGCUUCAGGGAAGAAAGCAAUUAAAGGACCUUGUGAAGAAGGUUCAAGCUGCUCGUGAUGAAAUGCAAUGGGGUGAGGAGGGCCCACCUCCGUUGCUUGUGAAAAUUGCUCCAGACUUGUCUAAGGAAGACCUUGAAGAUAUUGCAGCAGUUGCUCUUGCACUCCGCUUGGAUGGAUUGAUUAUAUCAAAUACAACCGUCUCAAGACCAGAUCCUGUAAGUAAAAACCCCAUUGCCCAGGAAACUGGUGGAUUAAGUGGGAAACCACUUUUUAAUUUAUCAACCAAUAUCUUGAGGGAGAUGUAUCUCUUGACAAGGGGAAAGGUUCCUCUUAUCGGUUGUGGAGGUAUUAGCAGUGGAGAGGAUGCUUACAAAAAAAUAAGAGCUGGAGCAACUCUUGUUCAGCUUUACACUAGCUUUGCUUAUGGCGGACCUGCUCUUAUUCCUCAAAUAAAGGCGGAACUGGCGCAAUGCCUAGAAAGGGAUGGUUUCAAAUCCAUCCUUGAAGCAGUUGGUGCAGACUACAGAUGAUUUUGUUGGUGUGUCUAGUUCUACCGAUAACGGAGUCCAGCCUUUUGAUAUGCAAGGACCUCACUGUACGAGUAGAUUCUCUCUAAUUGAUUUUUAAGCAAUGUUUAUACCUUACAUGGCUAAUAUAUUUUGCUUUCCCGUAAUUUUUGUAAGCUCUUUUUUUUUCACCUAUAUUGAAACAAUUUGAGAGGAUUUUUUAAACCUGUUUUUCUUGGUGAUCGAACAAGAACAUUCUGUAGUUGAUUUUAUUGAAAACUAAAUACACGGCUUUCCUUGCAUUGCAUU